UGCAGGCUUGGCGGCGGCGGCGGCGGCGACGACAACGGCGGCUGCGGGGGCGGCGGCGCUCACGGCCGGGCUUCGGGGGGAGCCGAGCCCGGCCCGACCCCAAGCAGCUAGUGUGCGGGGUGCAUAGGCCCCUCACGCUUGGACUCCACUAGUCUCCGGGCCGCCUGAUCUCCACACGGGUAUAUGGGAUGGAAGCGGGACCCUCGGGAGCAGCUGCGGGCACCUACCUGCCCCCCCUGCAGCAAGUGUUCCAGGCACCUCGCCGGCCUGGCAUUGGCACUGUGGGAAAACCAAUCAAACUCCUGGCCAAUUACUUUGAGGUGGACAUCCCUAAGAUUGACGUCUACCACUACGAAGUGGAUAUCAAGCCGGAUAAGUGUCCUCGCAGAGUUAACCGGGAAGUGGUGGAAUACAUGGUUCAGCAUUUCAAGCCUCAGAUCUUUGGUGAUCGCAAGCCCGUAUAUGAUGGAAAGAAGAAUAUCUACACUGUUACAGCACUGCCUAUUGGAAAUGAGCGGGUUGACUUUGAGGUGACUAUCCCUGGGGAAGGGAAGGAUCGAAUCUUCAAGGUGUCCAUCAAGUGGCUAGCCAUUGUGAGUUGGCGAAUGCUGCAUGAGGCCCUGGUCAGUGGCCAGAUCCCUGUUCCCUUGGAGUCUGUGCAAGCCCUGGAUGUGGCCAUGAGGCACCUGGCAUCCAUGAGGUACACCCCUGUGGGCCGCUCCUUCUUCUCACCGCCUGAGGGCUACUACCACCCGCUGGGGGGUGGGCGCGAGGUCUGGUUCGGCUUUCACCAGUCUGUGCGCCCUGCCAUGUGGAAGAUGAUGCUCAACAUUGACGUCUCAGCCACUGCCUUCUAUAAGGCACAGCCAGUGAUUGAAUUCAUGUGUGAGGUGCUGGACAUCAGGAACAUAGAUGAGCAGCCCAAACCCCUCACUGACUCUCAGCGUGUGCGUUUCACCAAGGAGAUCAAGGGUUUGAAGGUGGAAGUGACCCACUGUGGGCAGAUGAAGAGGAAAUACCGAGUGUGUAAUGUCACCCGCCGCCCUGCUAGCCAUCAAACGUUUCCCUUGCAGCUGGAGAGUGGACAAACCGUGGAGUGCACAGUAGCACAGUACUUCAAGCAGAAAUACAACCUUCAGCUCAAGUAUCCCCACUUGCCCUGCCUGCAAGUUGGUCAGGAACAAAAGCAUACCUACCUACCCCUAGAGGUCUGUAACAUUGUGGCUGGUCAGCGGUGCAUUAAGAAGCUGACUGAUAACCAGACUUCUACCAUGAUAAAGGCUACAGCUAGGUCGGCUCCAGACAGACAAGAGGAAAUCAGCCGCCUGAUGAAGAAUGCCAGCUACAACCUAGAUCCUUACAUCCAGGAAUUUGGGAUCAAAGUGAAGGAUGAUAUGACGGAGGUGACAGGGAGAGUGCUGCCGGCGCCGAUCUUGCAGUACGGCGGCCGGAACCGGGCCAUUGCUACACCCAAUCAGGGAGUCUGGGACAUGCGGGGGAAACAGUUCUACAAUGGGAUUGAGAUCAAAGUCUGGGCCAUCGCCUGCUUCGCACCCCAAAAGCAGUGUCGAGAAGAGGUGCUCAAGAACUUCACAGAUCAGCUUCGGAAGAUUUCCAAGGAUGCAGGAAUGCCUAUCCAGGGCCAACCUUGCUUCUGCAAAUAUGCACAAGGAGCAGACAGCGUGGAGCCUAUGUUCCGGCAUCUGAAGAAUACUUACUCAGGGUUGCAGCUCAUUAUCGUCAUUCUACCAGGGAAGACGCCAGUGUAUGCUGAGGUGAAACGUGUUGGAGACACGCUCUUGGGAAUGGCUACACAGUGUGUCCAAGUGAAGAACGUGGUCAAGACCUCACCUCAGACUCUGUCCAAUCUCUGCCUCAAGAUAAAUGUCAAACUUGGUGGCAUUAACAAUAUCUUAGUCCCACACCAGCGCUCUGCCGUCUUUCAACAGCCAGUGAUAUUCUUAGGAGCGGAUGUUACACACCCCCCAGCAGGAGAUGGGAAAAAACCUUCUAUCACAGCAGUGGUAGGAAGUAUGGAUGCUCACCCCAGCCGUUACUGUGCUACUGUGCGAGUUCAGCGACCACGGCAGGAGAUCAUUGAAGACUUAUCCUACAUGGUGCGUGAAUUGCUCAUCCAGUUCUACAAGUCCACUCGAUUCAAGCCCACCCGCAUCAUCUUCUACCGAGAUGGGGUUCCUGAAGGCCAGCUGCCCCAGAUCCUCCACUAUGAGCUGUUGGCCAUCCGUGAUGCCUGCAUCAAACUGGAGAAGGACUACCAACCUGGGAUCACAUAUAUUGUUGUGCAGAAACGCCACCAUACCCGUCUUUUUUGUGCUGACAAGAAUGAGCGUACUUUUUACAAGGCAUCUUCCUCACAGCAGCCCUGUGAGAUUGGAAAGAGUGGUAACAUUCCCGCUGGGACCACUGUGGACACCAACAUCACCCAUCCUUUUGAGUUUGACUUCUAUCUCUGCAGCCACGCAGGCAUCCAGGGCACCAGUCGACCAUCCCAUUACUAUGUUCUUUGGGAUGACAACCGUUUCACAGCAGAUGAGCUCCAAAUCUUGACAUACCAGUUGUGCCACACUUACGUACGAUGCACACGCUCCGUUUCUAUCCCAGCACCUGCCUACUAUGCCCGUCUGGUGGCUUUUCGGGCACGAUACCACCUAGUGGACAAGGAGCAUGACAGUGGAGAGGGGAGCCACAUAUCGGGGCAAAGCAAUGGGCGGGACCCCCAGGCCCUGGCCAAAGCCGUGCAAGUUCAUCAGGAUACUCUGCGCACCAUGUACUUCGCUUGAAGGCAGAACGCUGUUACCUCACUGGAUAGAAGAAAGCUUUCCAAGCCCCAAGAGCUGUGCCGCCCAAAUCCAGAGAAAGCAGGGAGGAGGGAGGAGGCAGGAUUACGAGAGUGCAGAAGGCCUUGUUUCCUUCUCAGAGGGGACUAAUGGGUGGGGAAUAGGGCCUGUAACCCAGACCACCAGCCAGAAAUCUCUGAUGUCCACCUCAUGCCCCACAUCCCUCACCCCAUCUUGUCACAUCUGGCCCUGACCCCACUGGACCAAGAGGGGCCGCAUUGGUGCCCACCACACACACAGGUGUCUCAUGUGACUCACAGUGCUAAAGACUCAUGCCUGACAGCUCGGACAGCUUGGUAAGGUUCACUCUGCAGCCCUGUGGACAAAGCUGGUAGGUUUGAGUUUGAUACUUUAGAUGGGACAGUGAGGGAUUUGAUGCAGUGGAUGGGAGGAGGGAAGGAAUUUUUAGGAGCCUUAAUAAGAAAAGGUCUAGAUUUGUUUUAAGAAGAAAAACGAAACCAGACCCAGAUCAAUAUUUUAGGAUAAUAGAUGUUUUAAUGGGUUGAGAAUCCAGUUUAUAGGAAGAUUUUUAAUAAUGGUUUUGGUUACUCUCCCCCACCCCCAGCUGCCACAUCCCCUGCCCUUAAUUCCUUUUCUAUCCUUCCUUAUACCUCCUCCCUGACAGACAUCCAGCACCUAGUAAGACUUAAGGCACUAUGGCACUUAGCUCUGAAGUGACACGACCCUGUCUUCCUUCUGCCUGCUGGUGGGCAAUCAGUGCCUUCCCUGUAAUGGUAAUGCUGCAGAACUGCAACCUUUUGUACUUUUCUUUUGGGGGGGAGUGGGUGGGGGGCUGUGACAGGACGUAGGCAGGGAAUAAAUGCCCCUAACUCAGUAGGCCUCCAGCCAGAAUGCCAGUUUUGCAUUUGAAGGUUUUGAUUUUCACAUUCAUCAAGCUUUUAAAAAGAUCACAACCUCAAGAUGGGUAAAAUCUGUUGACAUUUGCACUUUCAGACAUGACCCGUCUCAGAGCUGCUGAGAUAACUGGCCUCUGGCCUCUCCAUGUCCUUCCUCCUCUACCUUCACAGGUCUGGAGUUCCUUUCCUAGCUUUUCUCAUUCUUUAUUCCCCUGAUGGUCGAGUCUCUUAUAUUUCAAUUUCUUAACUGGGAUAUGUUUUAACAAAAAAUCCUUAAGUCUAAAUGAUAAAAAAGAGCAAAAUCUAAAUGUUAUUUUUUAUACAAUAGCUUGAGUCUAUUGCCAAAAUCUGGAAAUCCCUCCUGUAUGAGUUUACAACUGAAAAACAUUGAGCCAUCAGAAGGAAUUAUGUACUUGUCUCUGGCCUGGAUGGGUAGGGGGUGUUUAUCUCCUCAAGGUGGGGUUCAUCUCCAUCCUUCUCUGUGCAGAUAAUAUCUUUUUCUUGCUACAGAUUCCCUCCUCUGCACUGCCCUGCACUCUUAUACAAGUGCAUCUUCCCUUCCUCUGGAUUAUCCUUUGACUUUGGCUCAUCCCAGAUUUUAGCAUGUCCUGUGGACAGGCUGAGGGAUUUUGCUGCUCCCUAUUGCUUCUGUUUACACUAAUGAAUUUUUCAUGGUUUCCCACUAGGGCAUGUGAGUGGGUGGCAUGGGCUUUUUUUUUUUUUUUUUAAUAUAUAUAUUGGUCUCCCUAGAUGGCGAUGGGGCAUAACUGUCUUGCAGAACUGGAAAUAGGGGGUUCUAAUGUGGUGCCUGCUGGCCUUGAGGCAAGGCCCCCUCUUUUCUUAAUUUCAUUUUUUCCCUGUCCCAGUGCUUGGGAUAAGAAGUCGUAGCUUCAGAGUAGAAAUUCCUCUUUCUGAGGAGUCUGAGCUUUGGUUCACCCAAUUGGUGAUGAAGCCAUGACACUUUAGACCCAGACUAGGCUUGGGAGGCCAGCUGGAAGAAUACUCAAUUGAAUCUUGGCCUGUGCAGUUAGAUCUACCAUUUCUCCUUUCUAGCAACCUUUGUACAGACCCAGAUUUGCUAUGCAAAAUAGUCUAUCCCAGGUUCUGUUCUGGUUAGCUACUUUGAUCAGAGACGUCACAAAACGUAGCACAAACAUUGGUUAUGGAGACGGCAUCAGGACUGUUUGGUAACUAACUACUCCUUCUUUCCUGCUGGCUACAGCACGGGAUGGUGCCCUAUGGGCAGAGCCCAGCUGAAGAACAGAAUGGAAGGUUCAGGGAGGAGGCGACUCACUGGAGAGCCUACAUUUCUUACACAAGUGCCUAAAGAGAGUGAUGCCAACACUCCAUCUACCCUGUCCAUUGCCUUCAUAUGUCUACUUCAUGUUCAGUCACCCUGUAGGGAGGGGAGCUCUCUUGGGACAAUGGGCUCUGUAUAUUCUCUUGGGUGCGUUUUGGGGCUGGGAUCAGGGCACUAUUCCUGGAGGGUUCAGUCAUUCACCAGCAUUUGUAAAUGUCCGUAGGGAGCUAGUGAUAGCCACUUCCUCUCAGCAACAUGUUUGUGUUCUCUCCUUUUCUCUCUUUGCCUCCCUUUAUUUGAGUUUUGAGCUGGGCUUGAAAUGCAUUUUAGUUUUUUUUAGCCCUUUGGCGUUCAAGAAAUAAAAGCAAGAGAAGCAACUUGGCAAGGAAAUGAUUGAUCUGAUACUUUUAAUCUCUGAGAUUUGAAAAUCUUCCGGAACUUGAAGAUCAUUCUUCUUUGAAAAGAGUUGUGUGCAGAUUAAGAUGUGGUCUGAGCAAAAAGUUUUACUUUCUUGAAGUUUGUUUCAGUGGUACCUCUUAUUUAACUCUAAAGAAAUUCUUAACGGAUCCAAGUCUCAUCUUCUUAGACAAUUUUCUUGUUCUCUUCAUUCCACUUUUUUUUUUUUUUUGCCUGCCUUUUCCUUUUCUCUCUUUCCUGGCUUUUUCAUUUUUUUUUUAUUUACUCAGCUUGCUUGUUGGCCUGCAAGCCUAUCAGUCUGCCUAUGUGAUGAUGAUUCUCUUCAUGUCUACAAUGAUCUGACUGUUAGCUAGUAAGAUUAGGAUUACCUCCUUGGCUGCCUAGAAUAGAUUCUUAGAGAAGAAUCUACUCUCCAAGCCUAGUGAUGUCCUCUUUGGACUUCCCUCAACAUAAUACAAGGACAGGGCAUCAGGUCUACCUAAUUGACACCAAAUCAGGAGGGUUUCUUGCAGUUACCACACCUGUCCUCUCCUUUACAUUGGUUUCUUUUUGCUUUUUCUAGAUCCUAGUUCUAGUUCUGUCAAUGGAGCCUGACUUUUAUGAGGGUAUCAAACCUAAUGGAUAUUCAGGGUUUGGAGGGCUAGGGGAUGGGAAAAUAAUAGAGUGCUGGAAAGAAUUUGUAUAAAAGUUAGGAAAAGGGAACAUUGCUCAUUGAUUGUUUCUCAAAUUCAGCCUGACUCAUUGGGGUUGAGGUACAUGCUGUUGGCCUCUGGGUAAAGAUAACCUGGUUGGGAAUUUAAGGGACUUAGAACAAAGCUGCAAAAGAAGUCUUAUCAAAAUGAGCUGUUCCCAAACAUUUUUGUUUCCC